AUGCAGAUUUUUGUAAGAGGCAUCGAUGACGGAGUCAGAACGAUAUGUAUUUCGGAAACGAGUACAGUGGCCGAGCUCAAGGCAUUAUUAUGCGCAGAUGGUGCACUUUUGACGUGUGGCGCAGAAAUUUUGGAUGAUGAUAAAGCACCACUUAUGAAUUUCGGAAUCUGCGAUAAAGCAAACAUUGAUGUCUCAUUUCGACUUCUUGGAGGCAAAGUGCACGGUUCGUUGGCUCGAGCAGGAAAAGUGCGAGCUCAAACUCCGAAGGUUGAAAAACAAGAAAAGAAAAAGAAGAAGACUGGCCGAGCAGCUCGUCGUAUCCAGUAUAACAGGCGGUUUGUUAAUAUAGCGGUUAGUGGAAUAGGAAGAAAACGUGGACCAAAUUCAAAUGCUGCAUAA